AUGCCUUCAUGUGCCUCAGCGCUCAAACGGGCGCAGUUAGGUGAAAAAGUCCGUUCUCUGUAUCUUUGUGCUGCGCUCAUUCCCUCGCAUUAUCGCCGGAAGCUCAUGGCUCGGGAGAAGAAUCUAAUUCUUGCUGAUGUCACUGAGGAAGAGGCAAUUCGCAGAUUUUACUGGAUAUGGACCUUGAAAGAGGCUUACACCAAGGCUCUCGGGAUUGGCCUCGGCUUUGACUUCAGAAGAAUAGAAUAUGAUGUUGUGGAGGAGAAAGUGACUGUCAAUGGCGAACCUGCGAGAGGAUGGUGGUGA